AGGAGUGGGCGGGGGUCUUCCCGCGCCGAGGCGGAAGUUGUGCUGCGUUCUCUGCGUGCUUUCUGCUUUCUCGGGCUCUUUCCACGAUGGUGCGGAAGCUCAAGUUCCACGAGCAGAAGCUGCUGAAGCAGGUGGACUUCCUGAACUGGGAGGUCACCGACCACAACCUUCACGAGCUGCGCGUGCUGCGGCGGUACGGGCUCCAGCGGCGCGAGGAGUACACGCGCUACAACCAGCUGAGCCGCGCCGUGCGCGAGCUGGCGCGGCGCCUGCGCGACCUCCCCGAACGCGACCCGUUCCGCGUGCGCGCCACGGCGGCGCUGUUGGACAAGCUCUACGCCCUCGGCCUGGUGCCCACGCGCGGCUCGCUCGAACUUUGCGACUCCGUCACAGCCUCGUCCUUCUGCCGCCGCCGCCUGCCCACUUUGCUUCUCAAGCUCCGCAUGGCUCAGCACCUCCAAGCUGCUGUGGCCUUUGUGGAACAGGGUCACGUCCGCGUCGGCCCUGACGUGGUCACCGAUCCCGCCUUUCUCGUCACUCGCAGCAUGGAGGACUUUGUCACUUGGGUGGACUCGUCCAAGAUUAAGCGGCACGUGCUGGAGUACAAUGAGGAACGCGAUGACUUUGAUCUGGAUGCCUAGCGAGGAUUCUCCCCGUGGCAACUACAGGGAAGAUGGAAGAACUGAGUCAGGCCCUAGCUGGUAGCUUUUCUGUGUCUCAAGAACUGAA